AUGUUGUCUACACCCAGCAACACAAGAACCUCUACCUAUCCACCAGGAGGCCCUUUUCCACGUACCCCAAGGCUCAUCUUCAAGCCAUUGAAGCCAUAUGAGUCGGGGUUGUCACUUACGAGAGUAAUUGGGACCACUGUUGCGUCACCAGCGGCAUUUGAUAGUUUGCCAUCAUCUCCUAUAUUCGCAUACACUGCAGGAGCUGCGGCUGUUGUUGUUAGUAUCAAUGACGAUUCAAAUAUAUCCCAGCGCUUCUUUCGUGCCAGACCAGCGGUGGGAAUCAAUUAUAGUCCUGCAACAGGCAGCACGCCAGUAACUCCCGCGAGUGGUGUAGGUGAUGGGCGAGGUCGGGGGUUAGGCUAUUUCAAGGACUCUGGUGUGCCAAUCAAUCCUUCUACUCCUGAUAAUUUCGAUUCACCAAAGUCAUUGAGGACUGCAGGAAGGACAAGAGAUAGUAUCAAAGCUGCUACUUGCAUUUCUCUUAGUCGAGAUGGAAAGCUUUUGGCAGUAGGGGAGGCAAGAACCCCCUCAAUUUCAAUCAAUUGCGCCAACUAACUGUGAUAUAGACUGGCUAUGCGCCGAGGGUUCUCAUUUUCUCGCUCCAGGACGGUUCUUCCGAUAUACCCUUAACUGCUAUAGGUGGACACGAUUAUGGCGUUCGAGCUGUGGCCUUCAGCCCUGAUCAAAAGUACCUCGCGAGUUUGGGGGAUCAGCAGGAUGGAUAUCUAUACGUCUACUCCAUCAACCCAAGAACUGGCACUACAAAACUACACUCAAGCGGUAGAUGCACGACUCUCGUCCAACAAAUGAUAUGGCUUGGAAAUGCAUUGGUUACCAUUGGGACAAGACAUAUCAAAGUUUGGCGGGUUGAGGAACCUCGAAGUACUUCACCUAAAAAGCCAAAAUUCGCAUUGGAUGGAACCCCCCAACCACAACCCACACCAGUUCCCGGAGCCGUAAAGACGUUGCCUGGGCGAAACGUUAUCCUCGGUGAGCUUUCAGAAGGCAGAUUCAGUUGUAUAGCAGCCAUCUCUGACUGCAAGGCAAUCGUAUGCUCUGAUAAAGGCGAUGUUUGCCUUCUAGAAGAUUGCGAGGAUCGAAAAUUGAUGAAGGUCACAAGCACAGGUUUUCCAGUCACUUGUGUUGCUGUGGAUAGCGAAGAACGUCUUGUACGAAUUGGCGGGCUUGGAGGAAGAACCAAAGUCUUGAGCUUAGAUCAAAUGCUGACCCCCAAUACUCCCCCCGAAUCCCCGGACUCAUUGGAAACGGAUUGUCUCAAAACCUGCGAAACUCAUCAUUUUAGCGCUAUGGGUUAUGCAGCACGAAGUCUCAUAACCAUCAACUCCAGGAACUUGAUAGAAAUCACUCCUCCAUCAAAUGACCUGGCUGAAUCGCAAGUACAAAGCACGCCGUUUCCUGCUCACGGUGCUUCAGUUAAUGGUGUCAGACUGUUAUCACAGCCAAACGCUAUGGAUGCAGUAUUCAUCACCUGGUCUGCUGAUGGAACAAUUCUUUUCUGGGAUUUGGAUGGAGACUGCAAGAAGACUGUUAAAUUGGAACUCGAGGACGAAGAAAACCAAUGCCUCGUGGUGCGACCGACAAAAGGAGGCCAACAUCUUGUCACAGGAGACAAAAAUGGUUUUAUUCGUGUCAUUGAUACACCAACAAAUGCUUGUAUUUCAAAUAGCAGGGCACAUCAGUCUGAUAUUCAGGACAUUACUCUCUACGAAAGCGAUGAUGAAACGUUGAUGGCUUCCUGUGGACGGGAUAUGACAGUUCAGUUAUUCCGAUUUGUAGAUGAUCAGUGGUCCCACGUGCAGACCUUGAACGAGCAUACAGCGACUGUGACUGGAGUAUUGUUUGCCGAAGACGGGACUCGGUUAAUUUCUUGCUCGUCUAAUAGAGACAUUCAAGUCCGACAGAUUGUUAGGGCAGGCGAUGAAGGAGUCAAGAUAGCCGCAAUAACUCAAAGGGUGAUCUCGCUCAAAGCAGCCCCAAUCUCGAUGUCAGUACUUUCAGGGGAGCAAUCAGGGAACUUGAUCGUGUCCAUGACUGAUCGUACCAUUGGAACUUUUGAACUUACCAGCGGUCGUCUUGUGAGCUCUUUUGGGGCAGCUCAGGAUGGUGAUAAUAAGGACACUGUUAGUAUGGCUGCUCUCUUUAUGGGUAUGCCCUCUGCCGGAAAGCCCACGAUCCUUGCUGGAGUAUCUUCAACGGACAAAUCUGUCAGGAUUUAUGAUGGAGUUUCUGGUGCAUUCUUGGACAGAGAUUAUGGUCACUCUGCUGCCGUCAAAGAUGUGGCCCUUCUGGAAACAUCCGACUCCGACAACAAAACACUGAUCAGUACUGGAUCUGAUGGCUGCAUCAUGAUUUGGAAUCUCUCAUCUAGGCCACCUUGGUCCGACACUACAAAUGUCAUUGAUGGCGAACCACAGUUCAAAGAUUCUCCUUCCGCCAAAGCGCAACCACUGAGGAAAGUUCUAUCAAAAGCUGAACUAAUGGAAUUUCAACGUCAAUCUCCAACACCACCGCCGCCUACGGGGAGUCGCUCGCCUCCAAGAGUCAUACGACGGAAAGUCUCGAGAUAUGGUCUGUCCUCACAGCAAUCUCCCAGUACUCUAGUGCCACCCGUAUCUAUAGUGAACUCGAAGCAUUUCAUUUCAUCGUCUGAUGACGCAGCUGUCCGUCGUAACCAUGGUCGAAAUCGGUCUAGAAGCCCUCGAAGUAAUAGAACGAAGGAGAUGAGACGACCAUCGUUAGCGUCACUACAAGACUCGACGAAGAAGAGCACAGGAAAUUUCAGUGAGUUCGGAUCGCUCGGUAAUUCGACCGAAUCCCUUUGUCGUACCCUGCAAAGUUUUCGCAAGAAAUUAAAGUCGGGCGAACCAGUCAAGGAAGAAUCACUCCGGGAACUUGAUUACGAGCUGAGGGUGACGAUGAUGGCUUUAGGAGAGAGGACCACGAAAACAAAGAGCAUUAACGAGGCGGCUUUGACGAACUUGCUUGACCAGUACUCGGAGAAGUUGGUGGAGAUGUUUGACGAAAAAUUACGGCUGAAUAGAUUGGAAUCGAAUGACGAGGUUUUAUUACCAGAGACACCACGGCCGAAAACUGCGGGGAGUUCAACGGUUUCUACGCCGGUAUAA